AUGAAGGCUCCAUAUGCCUCUUCGAUCGCGGCACUGACUGGUCUUUCGCUCCUGGUGCCUGCGGCGUAUGGACUGGAAUUUUUUAUCUGCGGCAAUGGUGCAAGAUAUCCCGUGGACGCAACGGUAGGUUUUGCAUCAUUUGAUCCUAGAACAAUACAGCCAGAUAGCGAUCCUUCUUAUUCCGAUGGAGAAAUCUACGGUGUAUAUCGAUUUCAAGAUACGGUGCAGGGUAACACGAAGAGGAGCUUCAUGAUGCAAAGCAUUAGUAGAAGUCCACACUUCCGACUUUAUGAAAAAGUUUCCUCAAAUUGGAAAAUCUGUCCAAUUGAGGAUCAAGAUCCUUAG